UCAACUAUGGCGUCCGUUCGUUGUGCUUUCAUUUUCAAUGUUUCACACUCCUCUGUUACUCGGGAGGGUCGAGAGGACUACGCUAGAUUGUUAUCUAGCUUUACCUUUAGGAUUCUUUCGUACUUUCAUUUUGGAGACGAGGCAACAAGAGUGUCUUGGGCUUGGCGUCUCUGUGAUUGGUCGAGACCUGCGCGGCGAUUUGGGAAGGAAAUGUCAGUCUUCCAGGCUUUCAACCUUGAGGACUUUGGUACAUUGGAGGAACGCCUGAAAGACGAAAUGGUUCAACACUUUCACAACCAUACCAACGUUGGUCACGUGGGUACAGUGAAAGAUGUCUCUUUGGCUAUAGCUCAUUUGACUGGAAGUCUUCCUUGGGAUUUACCCGAGCUUAUUUCGCCAAAGAAAGCACUUCAGGGAGCGAAACAGAGAUCAGAAAUUGAGUGCGAUGUGGCAGAAACUAAAAACUACAUUUUCGUUGUGCAGCCUUGCCCUCAGACUGACUUGGAAUGGAAUCAGUUUUGUGGUGGAUCUCGUGAUGUUUUAGAAAGUUCUCUCUUUCCUGAUGCUCUUUACACGCAACUACGAAGUUUGAAACAUAUAGGAGUUUACUGGUUGAAUACAGCGCUGGCGCAACCAUCUCAGGAAGAAUCUAUUACGAAAGAGCUGUCUUCGUGUCUGAAUGAAACGCUGACUAGCUGUGGUGGACGUCUCAUUCCUUGUUCCUUUUUGCUCUCUACCAACUCUCAACGUCGAUCUUGUUUUUCGGUUCCUGAUCUUCCAGUUUCAACCUACUUGUCGUAUUAUCUCUCUAAUAACUCAUCUUCGAAAGUGAAGUCUGUACAAAAGAAGAUGUCAUUUCUCUGCUCAACCACUGGUGAACCAAUUUGUAUACUGGAAGUGUGUGCGGCAUCGGUGUCUUCACUUAGAGUUAUGACACAUCGGCCGAGAACGAGACAGAGCUUACUGAAGCAAAAUGUUAAUAAAGAUUGUGGAGAUGACCUUGUUGAAUCAUUUCCAUCACAGCUGUUGGUAGAGGGAACAGUGGCCAAGACUAGACUUGGUGCUUUAGUGGAUGCCAUUGAUAGAACUUGUUCAUAUAUGUGUGUAGGAUGGAAACAUAAUGUGAAGUCAUUUUUAACUGAUAAAACUGAGGCUGUAGGCUGUGACAGUACAGGGAAUGGUAACAGUCUUUCUUCAGAGAGUCAUUUUAGCCUACUUUUGGAAAGAUCCUUAGAUGUUGCUACCAUAUCUGAUGGUCUAAUGCGCAGUUGUUUGACGCCGUCAAAGCAGUUUGAAUCUGUUUUAAUGUUUCUUAGGAAUCAGAAUGUUGUGCUGGUAUUGCACGAUCAGGCUAAUAGAUCAACAAAAUAUGUUUUGGAUCCUAUGACAUCCACACUUGCUUCAUUGCAUUUGUUGAAACGCUCAUGUGCCACAGAGUGCGUCCAUGACACAUUGACACUAUUUGAGGAAAGUGGAAUUGAGGAAAAUGGAAUGUUGUCUGAACAUGGUGGUUUAGUUUUUGAUUGUAUCGAAUCGUGGUAUCGACUCUUACCUCACUAUGGAGUCAACCAGUCAACCGUGUCAAGUCUAAAAAGGUUGAUUGGAACUGGAGACAGUAGCAUAGCUACAUGUGAUGUUGUAACUGACCUGAAAACUGCAUACAGACAAGAACUGAAACGGCAAGCAGACAAAUCGCAGAAGAGUGUGGAUGGUGUUGCUAGCGGAUACGUUAGUGAUCACCUUGCAGAUGAGUCAGUCUUAACAGUUACAUGUUCGAGUGUCUUCGAAGAGUUGAGACGAGAUCUGGAAGAAAUACUGAGCACGACUGACGGGAACUUCACUCUUGACCAAGCACUGUCGGCUGCAGUGAGUGCAGCUUGUGAGAAACUAAAGCAUUUGUGUGACAAACCCAAAGUAGAGUUAAGUGAGUUUAUCAGUAGAGAGCUUUUAUUGACAACAGAUCAAUUGAAAGCAAAGUAUCAGAGAGUGCCUGCUGACAAGGACAGCAGACCAAAGGAGCAUCAGUUUCAAGUUUUACUUCGGUUCGAGGUGGCGCUUCUCGAUCAGGCUAACACACAACGUGGUCUGUUUACUGAGUGUGUUUCUAUACUACGAAUGUUGGCUUUUCUCACAAACGCGGAGACUUUGCGACAAUUCCUGGACGAGACUAUUCUACAGAGAUACGGUGUUGCAGUGCGAGAAGGCGUGCAGUCUGUGUACGAGGAUUUGAUUCCUCGACCAUCUCAAAUGGCCACCGACGGAGAGGAUGAUAGUGAUUCCGACGAGGAGCGUCGAGAGCGGCUGCUAUCUCUGCGCUCUUACAAACUCCUAAAUGCUCCGUCAGGGCCCAAGAUACCGUCUGUGGAACGAAAAUUUGCUCGUCAUGGCAGCUUUCAUGACUGUGGGAAACAGCGCGAAAUCUCCAUUCCUCUACCGACCAGGAAGAAGCAGCACAGAGAGGAGUCUGUUGAAAUGGAACGGACAGAGAGUCAGUUGGUAGGUGAUAAAGGGACGAGGACUCGGUCGCAAACUCUUGAAUUAUUAGGUGUCAGGAAAGGGUCGGCUCGUCGAGCUGUUCGUCGUACAUUGUUUUCGUCGUUAACUAACGAGGAAAAUGAGAGGCGACGGUCACCACGUCAUGUGCUGAAGCGAACUCUGACAUUUGCCGGUCGCAGCUCGGUGAGUGUGAGCAAAGAUGUGCGUGUUAACAUUCGUUCAUUGAAAAAGGGGAAAGUAAUGGUAGAAGAAACGCCUUUGAAGGUGAAGGAGCCGACGUUUUCUUGGAAUCAGGAGUGUGGCAGCGGGGUAACGGAUGACCAUCUUUCACCGAAAACGAUUCAAGAUACUCCCAAGCGAAAUUUCUACUCUAGGUCGUUUUCAGUGGGACAUUUAUCUCGUAACUGUCGUUCUUCGUCUGCCAAGACAUUCAGAAAUCCAUUUUGUGAAAGAUCAUUGAAGUCAGAUCACAGAAGUGGUGAGUGCGGGUCGAACAAGAAUGCAUUGCAGUCGGGCAGAGUUGGUAGCAGUUGCAAUGCAAUAGCAGGAGAGAAUCAAAGUGAGACCGCAGACAUAAUGUGUAAACAAGAAGCGCUUUUACUUGGACCAUUGGUGGGGCAAUCUGUGAGCCAAAGCUUAGGUGGUUCAGAUGAUUUAAAGAGUCCUUCUCAACUUCAGUUGUCAAGACUCUUGCAUUCACAAAUGCAAUGCUCAUCAUCUUUGGUUAAAGCUGCAAGAGAUAACUAUCCAUCAAUAUGACCAGUAGAACUAAAUAUUGCGGGAACAGCCGAAGUGCUGUUGUUUGUGAUAGAAGAUGAAGGAGACCUCUUCUCACUUUUGCUUUAAUCAAAUUAUAUGCUGAACAUCCGACUACUGACUCAAGGGCGUCACAUGGGU